AUGGAAUGGGGGCUACUGAAGGCUCUUGCAGCUGAACAAAUUGAGAAGUUGUUAGCAGAACAACGAAAAAGGCAAGCACGAACACCACCUACUGAAACUCCAACACCUCCACAAGCUCCACCUCCACAAGCUCCACCUGUAGUGCACCCCAUGGAACCACUAUAUGAACGGUUCCGAAAACAACGCCCACCAGUAUUUGAAGGUAGCACUGACCCACUUGACGCACAAGACUGGAAGAGUUCUUUAGAAGACAUCUUUGAGUUCAUGCAACUAAGUGACAGGGAAAAGGUUUCUUGUGCUGCACAUACACUGAAAAAGGAUGCUAAGAUCUGGUGGGAAGUGGUUAAGCAGACUAGAGAAGUGAAUCAGAUGACUUGGGCAAAAUUUGAACUGGUCUUCAACGAAAAGUUUUAUAAUGAAGCUGUGUUGACUGCUAAAGUAAGUGAGUUCACUAGAUUACAACAAGGGAAUCUUUCAGUGGCCGAGUAUGCAAGGACAUUUGACCGGUUAGCCAAGUUUGCACCAGACUUGGUUAACACUGAAACUAGUAGAGUGAAUCGCUUCCUGGAGGGUCUGCAACCAGAAUUGGCUAGAGAUGUGGAUAUGGGACGUACAGGGCCUCUUUCUUAUGCUCAGGCUGUGGAGAAAGCUUUGAGAGCUGAACACAGAGAAGAAAAGAUAACAAAAGCUAAAGCUGCUACUAGCAUGCCUCGUAGAGACACUCCAUUCAACAAAGAACAAAUCCGCUUUCACAAUGACAACAAAAGAGGGGCCCAGAAUUUCCAAUUUAGACAAGGACAUAAUAAGAAAUUUAAAGGAGGUCAGCAAAACAGGCAAUCUGGAUUCCAAAAAAUGCCACGAUGUCAAACUUGUGGAAAGAAUCAUUUCGGGGAGUGCAGGCUUCUAACUAAGAGCUGCUUCAAAUGUGGCAAGGGGGAUCAUUUUAUCAAAGAUUUUCCAUUGAUGAAGAACCAACAAAUGAAGGAUGAACCUCAAAGGACAAAUGCUAGGGUGUUCACGAUUACUCAGGCUGAUGCUGAUACCAACAACUCUGUUGUGUCAGGUAGAGAAAGAAAUGUGUGAAUGACAUGAGGAGAACUGAAGCAUGGUCCUGACCCUGAUUUGUACAUAUGAACAUAUCGACAUUUUGUGGGUUAUUUCAGUUAUCAGUGAGAAGUUUGUAAUAAAGUGUGAAGUUAUGUUUUGAAAAUAAAUUUGGUUAUUUAAUACUUAUGUAUAAUAUGUUUGAGACACACUUUAUGUUUAAUGUAAAUAAUGUGAAAUAAGUUUUCAAGUUUAAAAAAAAAAAAUGUCCAGACUUCCGCAGUAAUAAAUUAUGAUAUAGUUUUAAAACGUAACACCUCAAAUAUGGUUUUAACUAAAAUAAGUGAGGGUG